AUGCCGCUGAAUGCACAAGACGUAGCCAAACGUUAUCCUAUUCACUGGCUGGUUUGGAAUAACGAGCAUGAAGAACUCAAAAACUCUUUGGAAGCUAAUAAGUUCACUAAGGAGGACCUCGAGCUCCGGGACCCCCGCGGGCGGACGCCUCUGCUGCUGGCGGUGACCCUGGGGCGCAUAGAGGCGGUGGAAGCUCUCAUAGAGGCUGGCGCCGACGUCAACUGCGAGAAGGACGGCUGGACAGCGGUACAAGAGGCCACUGCGACGGGGGAUCCCCAGAUGUUGUCGCUGGUGCUCUCUCGUCGCGACAGACAGCGCCACGCGGCGCGCUCUAGCGGAGUUCCGGAUCUCCUGCGCAGGCUAAGCCUCGCGCCCGACUUCUACGUGGAGAUGAAGUGGGAGUUCACAAGCUGGGUACCGUUGGUCUCGCGCAUCUGUCCCUUCGAUACGUACAAGGUGUACAAGCGCGGUGGCAACGUGCGCGUGGACACAACCCUCGCCGGCUUCGAUGAGAGCCACUGGCAGCGGGGCGAGAGGACCUACAUAUUCAGAGGGCAGGGCAACCGCGCCAGCCUGGUGGAGUUGGACCACACGCUGGGCACCUCUUGGUGCGAGCACAUGGAGGCCGGCGCUGACUGCGACUGGCCCCCGCCACCCCGCAGCGCCAUACAACAGCGUCUCGCGGCGCCCCUGGCCCUGAACUACCUGGACACGGACAAGAUCAGCUUCGAGCGGAACAAGAGCGGCAUCUGGGGCUGGCGGCAGGACAAGAGCGAGGCGGUGAACGGCUACGAGUGCAAGGUGUUCAGCGCGAACAACGUGGAGCUGGUGUCGAAGACGCGCAGCGAGCACCUGCCGCGCGGCGAGAAGGCGCGCGCCUCGCCCCGCGCCCCCCUCGCCGGCCUGCUGGCGCUCGCGGACCCCGACGCCCCCCACUCGCCCCUCCUCACGCCCGAACAGGUCUCUGCUUCCCCCUCCGCUAAUAUCACCCUGUCAAUCGGCUCUAACGAUCAGAUGGCUCCAAUUAUGGAGCCGAGCCACUCUAUCGAUUACAUGCCUGCUGGCGCUCGCGGACCCCGACGCCCCCCACUCGCCCCUCCUCACGCCCGAACAGCCACUCUAUCGAUUAUAUGCCUGCUGGCGCUCGCCGACCCCGACGCCCCCCACUCGCCCCUCCUCACGCCCGAACAGGAGGAGGAGCCGCGCAGCAGCAGAUCCUGUGAGAACCUGCAGCCUGUCAGCUGGUCCGAGUAUUUCGGCGACCAACCCCUCGAGAGGGAUAUCGGCCGGCCCCAAGAGGUCACCACCAAAGUGCAGAAGUUCAAAGCGACCCUAUGGCUAAGUGAGGACUACCCGCUUGAACUGCAAGAGCAGAUAAUGCCGAUCCUGGACCUCAUGACGGCGAUCUCGUCGCCCCACUUCGCGAAGCUAAAGGACUUCAUACAGAUGCAGCUGCCUUCGGGAUUCCCCGUGAAAAUUGAGAUCCCGCUGUUCCACGUGGUGAACGCGCGCGUCACGUUCGGCAACAUAUUCGCGACGGAGGCGGCCGUGGCGCACGUGGGCAGCAUCCGCGAGGGCGGCCGCCUCAGCUGCGUGGUGGACGACGCGUGCUUCGAGCUGGGCGCCGGCUACAGGGACGCCAGCGCGCCCGAGCCGCGCGCGCCCGCCGACGACGAGGACGGCCUGCUGCAGUACGCCAUCCGGCAGAGCCUCAUGGAGGCGGGCACGAGCGACGACCAGGUGGACGUGUGGGAGGCGUUGCGGGGCGCCAGACCCUCCACGCCGCAGCCGCCCCCGCCGACCUCCCUCCUCGCCGCCGAGGAGCGCCAGCUGCAGAGAGCGAUAGAGGAGUCGCUAGCGGUGUCGCGCCCGAGCGCGGUGACGCGCGAAGCGGAAGCGGACGCGGGGGCGGAGGCGGAGGCGGGGGCGGGGGCGGAGGCGGAAGCGGAAGCGGAACUGCGCGCCGCGCUGGCGCUCUCCGCGAGGGAGCACGCGGAGAUGGACCGGGCGAGGAGAGAGGAGCAACGCGCGCUCGACGAGGCCCUACGACUCUCCCUCAUCGACAAG